UGGAAAUCAAAAUUUAACCGCAGAUAGACUAGUGAGAGUUGGUUAUUAUGAAUUAGAACGGACGAUUGGAAAAGGAAAUUUUGCGGUUGUGAAGCUAGCGACACAUGUUGUAACGAAAACGAAGAGUGCUCUGACUAUUCUAAAACGACUAGAGCAGAUCAACUCAGCAGUGGGGUCGAUCCCGGAAAUAAAGUCCACUCCUGCUUCGCGUUCAGGUUCAAAUUUCGGUUGCAGUAAAGAUUAUAGAUAAAACAAAACUAGAUGAAGAAAAUUUAAAAAAAAUAUUCCGAGAAAUUCAAAUAAUGACAAAACUCCGUCAUCCGCACAUCAUAAGACUGUAUCAGGUAAUGGAAACUGAAAAGAUGAUAUAUCUAGUAACAGAGUAUGCAAGUGGAGGUGAGAUUUUUGAUCACCUAGUAGAAAAUGGACGAAUGAGUGAGGUGGAAGCCCGCCGAAUAUUCCACCAGAUUGUGGCAGCUGUGAAUUAUUGUCAUAAACGAAAUGUGGUCCACAGAGAUCUCAAGGCUGAGAAUCUGCUACUUGACUCCAAGAUGGACAUAAAGUUGGCAGAUUUUGGGUUCAGCAACCACUACCAACCUGGACAGAUGCUGUCAACGUGGUGUGGGAGCCCACCAUAUGCAGCUCCGGAGCUCUUUGAGGGCAGAGAGUAUGAUGGUCCGAAGACAGACAUUUGGAGUAUGGGUGUGGUUCUGUAUGUAUUAGUUUGUGGAGCUCUUCCAUUUGAUGGUACAACAUUACAUUCAUUGCGCACAAGAGUGAUCUCAGGAAAAUUUCGUAUACCCUUCUUCAUGUCCGCAGACUGUGAACAUCUUAUAAGGCACAUGUUGGUUGUGGACCCAGAGCGAAGACUAGGUAUUAAGCAAAUAUUACACCAUCGUUGGAUGUUGCAGGGUGAAGUGGAUUAUGGAGUUCAUAGAAUGUUAACAGAUGCUGAAAGUGCAGAAGUGCCUCCAGUCCUUAAUAAUUUAGUAUUAGAACACAUGCUGCAACUACCAGGCCUGGAUAAAGAAAUGAUAAUGAAGUCUGUGCUUUCCAACAGCUUUGGUAACAUCAGUGCCAUAUAUCAUCUUCUGGUAGAAAAACUCGAAUGUCAAGAGCUGAAGAGAAGUGCACAGAGCAGUGGCAGCCUUCCUUUGGUUGCUACGCAGCGCAAGGCUAGCAUUACGACAGGUGUAGUUGACCGCAGCCCAACGAGUGACUUGGAAUUUGAACAGGGUGGUUCACCACUCGUUUCUGUGCCAACGAUACCUGUUGUACACCUUCUGAAUGACUCACAGCUCUUUGAAAAGUUUGGUGAUGUGGAUAUGCAGAUGGAGUCAGAAAAUGAGGAAUUGCAGAGACGAUCGAGUGGUGGUGGAAUUGGAGACAAGUACCUAAUGGCCAGAAGACAUACCGUAGGCCCUGGUGACACAGUACAUGAACAGGUUUUUGAGGCCCACUACAUAAAACUGGAUGGAGUUGGUCAGCCCUUGGAUAUCCUGCCCAAUACAAAUCUGCCACUGAACCUCCCACUUGUUCAACACCAACCCCCACAGAAUUUCUCAGUCAAGGAUCAGCAUCUGCUGAAACCACCUCCUGUUAUGGGUGCAAUUGGAGGUUUUGGAAGAAGAGCUUCGGAUGGUGGAGCCAAUCUUCAGAUGUUCUUCAGCAGACAGUUGGAAGGAGUCUGGAGUCAACCUGGAAGUCAAGAACAAUUACAAAUGCUCCAGCCCGGCAGUCCAACUUUGUCGCAGAGGUCUCAGCCCAUCCCAGCUUCCACCUCACAGAAUGGUGUUGAAGCAGCAUCACACCUGCCACCAGCUGAAAACACGGGGCCUGCUCCAGCAGAAGAUCUGCCUGAUCCAUAUGCAGUUGCAAGAUACAUGCAUGGUCGUGGAAACACAAAGCGACACACACUGGCACUGGGUAGUGCAGAGGAAGUGCAAGAAGUUCAGCGGAAGAUGGUCCAGCAGCAGCAGCAACAGCCACAACAGCAGCAGCAGCCACAACCAAUGAGAACGAGACGUACAGGCUUGCACACUGUGAUGGAAAGACCUCCAGUCAUUAGCCCUGAACUUGUGAUGGAAGUGGAGGCUCGGAUGAACCGCCAGUACACGCCCCCGAACCUGCACCCAGCAGGCACCAUCCCUGUCACUGUGCCACGCAGUAAAGCUUAUCCCAGGCCCAAGAAACCCUCAGGUUUACCCACUGUUCAGGAAAAUAAUAGCAGAGGGCGAGAAAGCUUCAAGGAAGUUAACAGCCUACAUCUACCACUGGAACCAUACAGUCGUGUGCGUCGAGCCAGUGAGGGUUGUGCGACAGGUCUGGGGUCGCAGUACCGUUCCAGUCCUCAACACCACCUUCAUAGUCAUCCUCAUUCACAGUUUACGGUCGGAGACAAAGAGGCCAAUAUGAAGGCUCUUCAACAGGAAUACCAUCAGUUGCAGCAGAGACACAGUGGAAGCAUCACUGAUGCGCAAGCUCAGGCAGAGCUACAGAUGAGACACUCUCUUCACAUCCAACAUAUGUUGGGAACCGGCACUCCUACGAGGACCUUAUCACCCCUUACAACUCCUCACAUGUCACCAUCUCCCUCCCCACCCACUAACCAGAGCCCUUCAUCCAUACCAGGAUCACCAGUGCAUCACCACCACCACCAUCUCUUACCAUCUAGUUGUAAUGAAGCCAAUAACAUCUCUCUUUCUCAUCAUUUUCAACUGUUACAUCUGCAACAGCAACACCAGCAGCAGUCCACGCCUCCACAAAAUCAGUCUCCAACAUUGAGUGCAGAAUCUUCAGUGCUCUACCAACAGUUUCUUCAACAGGGCUAUGCUUCGCCUCAUUCUGCAUCCUCUCCACGCAGCUCCCCAACACCCGAGGGUACCGUGGGCUCUACCAGUGUAACGUCCAUUACUCAGGGCCUCAGUGGUCUCUCCACGAACACUGGCUCUAUCACUCAAGGAACUCCAAGUUCAAAUAGUAAUGGUAGUUCGUGUGGUGGAGUUCUGAAUCUGGCUUCAGCAUCAAUAACAGCCAUGCCUCUUGAUAUGCGAGUUCAGUCUGCAGGGUCUUCCUCCCCACACCACACAGUUCACCUGCAUCACCGUUCACCUGCCACAACGCCCGUCCAACAUUCCCCUUCCAAUUCGCCGGCACUCGGUAUGAUCCAGGAAGAGAACAACUCGGUUUUCCAUCUGAACCAUCGUAUUGAAUUGGAUGAUGGCGAAUCAAUCUUGAAAGGAAGAAUGCAUGUUGGAAACAUUACUGUGGAUAGGCGACAGUUCAUGAAUGCGUCUCGUCAAGCGCAGUUGUACAGUCCGCAUCAUCCGCAGAUAUCUGUAACAGAUGAGAUGGGAGGAGAAGUUACAUUGGUGGCAUGUUCGUCAUCAUCCUCGAGCAAUUCCAGUACUGACUUGGCGCAUCCGGAUGGGAAUGAUAAUCGAGGUGCGGAUGGAAUGAUUGUGGAAAGUGCAGUGCCAUCAGAUAUGGAUUCUGUGUUGUCUUCAGUGAUUUCUCACCAUUCCUUCACUCAUCCAGACAUAUCUGCACCCUUAAAAAAAUUCCUGUACUCUUUCUCCCACGAAGCUGAUUCAGUAUCGAAUUCUGAAUCAUCUUACUUUCCGCCAUCUGCAAAUACGAUUCCUUCUCAUUUUCACAAUUCACCGCCAAACACCAUUUUGCCUUCUUUUCUCAUUUCUGGGCCUUGUGAUUUUUCUAGGCCUUCUAUAGUGAGAGGUAUAGGGAAACAGCAGCACGUUAAUAAAGAUGCUGGAGAACAGUUGCAGCAUGCUGUUAAUAGUGAAACUGAACACUCAUUUGAUCGUCUUGAAAGUCCGAUGCAUCACAGCUCUUCACAAAAAAAUUUAAUCGGAAGUGCUGACUCCAGAACGUCAUCUGAGGAACACCAUGAUGCUUACGCUCAACAAAAUAAUGCAGAUCUAAGGUACACCUUGCCACCGUCAUAUUUUUUCACAGCACAUGCCCGUAACAUAGACCACUACUCAAGCGAAGAUUCCUUAUCUAAUGACAUGGAGAACUUUCAGCGAGUUCAUCGAAACCACAGAGAGGAGGGCAGUGUACUGUAUGAGAAUGGAAAAAACAUUCUCUUUAAAGAUGUGUCUGUGUCGUCAGAUAAUGCUGUAUCAUUGACAGGCAGUGUUUUAGCAUCUGAUCUCUUACAAAAAACUUCUAGUGGUUCAUUUAAACUGACCCUUUCAGAUGUGUGUUCGCAGCUGAAUGCCUCAGAUAUUUUAGGACGUGUUAAAAGACUUAUAGAUGCCCGUGCUCCUCCAAAAUGUUUUACAUUUUCUCAUGGUGAAAGUGGAGACCCUGGAGAGAGUGAAGAAGGUGCUUUGGCACUGGAGUAUCCUGGGGGAAUUCAGAUUGAAUUGAGAGUGUUUGAAGAUACAGAAUGUGAAUUGAAAGGCUUGAAGAUGCGAAGGAUAUCAGGGGACCAUCUUCAGUACAAUCAGUUAUGUCAGCAACUUAUAUCAUGUAUGACAGUAUAAAUUGUUUUCCAUUUAGAACUAAUUAGUGUGCAGCACUUGAAACCCAUUUUAUAACACAGGGUGAUUCAAAAAGGACUUCACAACUUUGAAAGUGUAUAGAAAUUUAUUCAGAAGGCUUACAGAAUCGGUUGAGGUGUCAUUUUG